AUGAACGACUCUUAUUCGGAUUGUGCUUGGUUCUCUGCUUAUCUCUCUAAGUCUUUGUCCUCAGAGAAUCAGUUUGAAGGUGCCCUAGCGGACGAAAGCCGUUUACUUCUCGACAACCGUUCAAAAUGCUUCCUCGAGCGUUAUUUCUCCACCGGUUACUCGCCAGACACCUGCGGAGUACCAUAUAAUGACCUCUGCUUGUUGCGGCAUUCCAAUGGUGUGGUUGUUGUUGGCCUGGCACCGGGAAACCACGUGUUUCAUGGAUGUCGGCCACCCGAAUCAGUUGAGGCUCCUCUGACUGCUGAACCUUUUCCAAGCCAUAAUCUCUUAGGCGUUGACUUUCAGCUCAUCUACCUAUUCACACAAUUCUGUGCUCUCGUUUCCUCCAAUGUCGCUACUUCUGACAGUGUUAAAUCUGGCUGUCUAAGAGCCCUCAAUUCUCGUCCCAGAUUACGCUAUAUUCGAGGAUUCAGAACAAAUGGUGCUUAUGUUGGAGUACCUUUCAUUUCGUUUGAAGAUGCGAAUGGAAGGGAUUCGAUAAGCCUGCAAAUCACUGCACAUUUUCUCAAAUUACAGCCUCAACAAUACUUCGCGGCGCCCCUGAAAAGAGGCCGCGGCUACCCGGGGCGCCGCGGUGCACAAUUUUGGAAUCACUAUGGUGCCUAUGUCUAUGCUCGUGUCAGUGUCUGGUAA